GACGCUCAGCGGAAGUAAAACUAAAAGGCUCCAGCAGCAGCGUGUGUGGACUCAGCAGGAAGACGGUUGUGUUUGUCGUAUCUCAGCUGAACAUUUGCGUAGUUUCAGCAACAAUGUCUCCAGUUCAGCAUCUGAGAGAGUUUAUCAGAGAGCGACUGACUGCUGCUGCUGAAGAAAUCUUCUCAGAGGUUGAGAAAACCAUCGUCCGCUACGAGGAGGACGCCAGACUGCUGGAAAGCUGCUGGAGACCCCAGAUAAAACUCACCAGAAUCGACAUCCCAAAGCCACAUGUCUCUAUGGAGGAAGAAGUUUCGGCCGACCAACAGCCUAGUUAUGACCCGGAGGAAGCAGAAUCUCAGUGGACUGAAGAGCGGAUGGAAACAGGUCCACCUCUGAUUAAAGAACAACAGCCAGAACCUCCACUGAUUAAAGAAGAGGAUUCAGAACCUCUUCUGAUUGAAGAACAGGGGAAUCAGGGACCUCGAUGGAUUAAAGAAAAAAACAAGCACCCAGAACAUCCACUGAUUGGAAAUCAAAAUGUAGAGCCUGAGUCUUUAUUGGCUAUAGAGGAAAAAAAGAAAACAGAACCACUGACUGAAGAGCAGGGGGAAAAAGGGGGACAUUUACUGAUUGAAGAGGAAGGCCUAGAACAUCCACUGAUUCAGGAAAACAAUGAAAUAACUGAUUCCUCAAGGCUUAAACGUGAACAACAGUUACUAGAACAUUUACCAACUACACAGGACCAGAAGGACGUAUGCAGCUGUCUGGAGGGAUCACACUUUGUCCAAAAGCAGGUCAUUGCUCAAAUGGAGGCGUCUAUUCUUCGGGGAAAGCAUGAAGAACCAAGAACUGAGCAGUUUUCCUUUCAUAUUUCUCCUGUAGUUAAGAAUAGAGAUCAGGGAGGCAGCAGCUCAACUGAGUCAGAGAGUCGGCCUCAUACUGAUACAAAAAAAGCCUCUUUGAAAUGUGACAUUUGUGGGAAAUUUUGGAGAAACAACUCUGAACUGAAACGGCAUUAUCGAUCCCACACAGGUGAGAGACCUUUUCCUUGUCAGACAUGUGGAAAAAGUUUCUCAUAUUUUAGUUAUUUAAAAGUUCACAUAAGAAUCCACACCGGCGAGAAGCCUUUUCUUUGUCAGACAUGUGGAAAAUGUUUCUCUGACAGGAGUACUUUAAUGGGUCAUAAGAGAAUCCAUACAGGUGAGAGACCCUAUUCUUGUCAGACAUGUGGAAAACGUUUCUCUCGUAUUAAUACUUUAAAUGUUCACAGGAGAAUCCACACAGGCGAGAGACCUUUUCCUUGUGAAAUAUGUGACAAAAGCUUCACACAAGGCAGCAAGUUGAAUAUUCACAUGAAAUGUAAACACAAAAGUCAGAAGUAGUCAUUUUUUAUUUUACAUAGAUUUGAAAAUAUAAAUAUUACAAUGUUUCCUUUUAGUUUUCCACAACAGACCUGCUGCUGCCGUUCGGAUUGGAGUAAAGUAUUUUCUAUAAACCUGAUCGCUGCGUUUGUAGACCAAGUCAGAUUUAAAUGAGGUUUUAUACGUAGUUCUCACACAGAGUAUAGUUUUUCGCUGUCUCUGAAAGUUUCUAAAACAAUUUGCCAAACUAGUUUUGCACAAAUAAAUAGGGUUUUAGACCUUGCUAAAAACACAUAAAGACAUUUAAAGUGCUUUCAGACAAGGCAGACUUAGUUGAUCUCUACAAAUACAUACAUUUUGGUUAAACCAGUCAUGUCUGGUACCAUGAAACUAGAGGGUUUUAUGUAUACUGUGAGCUUUAUGUUGGGAUAAAACGGGGAACAAAUAAAGAACAAUCAAAUACUUUUAUGGGAAGUGUUAUACAGAAGCAGGACUCAUGAGAUGUUAGAAUAAGAAGAAGGUCGCUUUUUAGGAAGAAGAGCCUCAAGGCAGCAUCUGGAAAGCAACAGUUCAGAAUAAACCACUAUUGUCAGUAUUCACGUUU